AUGAUUAAAACAAAACGUGUAAAUGAACUUCGUGGAUAUACUCCUUAUGGAGCUAGGGCUUUACAUGAAUUUGAUGUUCGAGAUGAAUUUUUUGGGCAAUCCGGGAUAGGAAUACGCUUUUUUAUUUUGAUAUUACCUAAAGCAGAGAAUGGAACAAUGUUGGAUGAAAAAGUGUUGGAUGAGGCUGUUGAGGUUGACAAUAUUAUACAGAAAAAUUUAACAAUAUACAACCGUAUAACAAACAAAGAAGAAUCAUAUAAUCAAGUAUGCCGCCGUUUUUGUACAAUUAAUGAUCCUGUUAGUCUUUUUGCUAUUGGAUGGAAAGAACAACAAGAAAAUUUAAGAAAUGGUGAACCUUUAAAUGAGAAAACACGUUUAAAUUAUCCUUUUUCGAAAGUUAUGGACAUGAAUGUUAAUCUUCAGGUAAAAAGGGACAAAUAUUUACUUUUCUUCCUAAAAAUACAUAUAAGGUUGGGGCCCGGUCAUCGGGACGUUUUUGGGCCUUUCGGGCUAGUCCGGCGAAAUAACCCGAUCGGCCCCUCUGCUAGCCAAAUCCUAAAUCAUUAG